AAAAUGAUAUACAGUACUUCGGUGAUGAGCAUGGUAAAACUUUUAGAAAUAGAAGAAUCUUUGAAAGCCAACUUGGAAGUUUACGUUCAAGAAAUGCAGUCAAAGCUGGAUAUGAUUAAAUUAUAUCAAGAGUCGCUAAAAAGGGAAACGUUAACCACUCUGGAAGAGAAGGAAGAGUAUGUGGCCAACCCUUUGAAUGCAUAUCCGUUGCUCAGACGCCUCAAUCAAGAUUGGCCCAAAUGGCUGAGAUAUAUAAAACUGGCGAUAGCUACUAGGAAAAUCAAAGAAAUGGAAGUGCACCUUAAGUCAGCACCAAAUGAUGAUGACCUAAAAGUUGCCCUUAAGGGAAUGACCCGAAUUGAACAAUUUUACGAUCAGCACGCAGAUGAUUUAACCAAGGGUUUUCUAAUGGGAAGAAAAUUUAACUCCAAAUUGACUGCUCCGGACUGUGUUGCCUUAGGAGAUUUCUACUACAACCAAACUCAAUACUCCGGAUCCACUCACUGGUAUCGCAUGGCGUUAAGAUUGCACACCUUUUCCGAAGGCAUGCUGUACGAAAAAGUUUUGGGUUUGAAACGGAAAAGAAUCUACAAAAAAUAUGCCAAGGCCUUACUGAAAGAAUCCGUAGCGUCGGAUAAAGCGAAACUCACUGCGACAGAGACAAAUGAAUGGGACAACUUGGCCAAACAGGUCGUAAAAGAAGACAACUAUGAAAACGUGAAAAUGUUAGUUGAUGAAUACCUGUCAGGUGACGAGAAGAUCUUUCAAGAGGAAGCUGCUAGACUAAAGCCCAAGCCAUCUAAACUAAUGCGCGGUUGCCGAGGCGAGUGGCCGAAGAAAUCCUCGCCAGAACUACUAUGUCGCUAUCAAAUGGACACAUCAGCGUUUGUUAGGAUAGCACCACUUAAAUUGGAAUUCUUAAGCCUGAAACCUUUGGUAGUUCUUUACCAUGACGUUCUCUAUGAAAAGGAAUUCAAAUCAAUGAGAGACAUAGCUAUAUUUAAUGCCACUAUGAGUGAUGGUUGGACAUAUGUUGAAUUUGACAAAAAGGGAAAGCCAAAACCACAGGAUCGAGUAGUGAAAAUGAUUACCUUUCAGGGCACUACGGCCCCAUUUACCCUCAGCAUCAAUCGACGGAUUGCAGAUAUGAGUGGUCUAGAAAUGCGAGAGAAUAUGAAUCUGUACCUGACCAAUUACGGUCUGGGUGGUCAUUUUGGUAAGCAUGUGGACUACGUGGAGCUGGCCAAAAGACCUACAGAUUUCUUUGCUGACUAUGGAGGCGAUAGAAUAGCUACAGCUUUACUCUAUGCAACUGAUGUUCCUUUGGGUGGAACUACUGUUUUUACAAAACUGAAAAUAGCCGUGGAACCCAAAAAGGGUAACGCAUUGAUCUGGUUCAAUUUGAAUCAUGCUGGAGAUCCUGAUCCACUAACAGAGCAUUCCGUUUGUCCUGUCGUAAUGGGUUCCAGAUGGACAAUAUCAAAAUGGAUUCAUGAGCGUCAGCAAGUUUUUAAGAAACCUUGUUUCGCCUAAUAUGCAAAUGUAAAAUUCUAUUAAAGUCGCCAUUAGUAAGGCAUGUG